CGAUGACAACGAUAGUGUCAGAUGAGGCCGUGCUGUUCCUCACUGGUCCUCUAUCCACCAUCUUCAUACCGUCUUUCUACACAGUCGUCUGCCUCCUCAGUGUCCCUCUCAAUGCCAUCGCCAUAGUAACCUUCGCUCGGCAGAUCAAGCCCAAGAAACCAGCAGUGGUCUACAUGUUGAAUCUGGCCUGUGCUGACCUGCUCUUCGUCAUGCUGCUACCUUUCAACAUCUUCUACCAUUUUAAUGGCAACAACUGGACACUCGGUCCUCUGUUAUGCCGCGUGGUCACGGCAGCCUUCUACUGUAACAUGUACUGCUCCGUCCUCCUCAUAACCUGCAUCAGUGUGGACCGCCUGCUGGCUGUCGUCUAUCCCAUUGAAUCUCUGUCUUGGAGGCGUCCACAGGUUGCCAUCACAGCCUGUGUGUUCAUGUGGGUGUUGGCCUUGGCGGGCUCGGUGCCCCUCGUCCUCUCAAAGCAAACUGUUGAUUUACCAGAUUUGGGCAUCAUCACUUGUCAUCAUGUCCAACAUGUGGAUGAGAACCGAUGGUACUAUAAGAUCUACUUUAUCACCAUCUGCUGCACCUUGUUCUUCCUGCCUCUGCUCAUCACAGCAGCUUCCUACACUCGAGUCAUCUGGACGCUAAGCAGGGUCCCACAUGGAGUUGAAGGACGCUCACGUAGAAAGACAGGAGCUCUGGUGUUGGCUUUAACAGUGCUGGUGAUAUUUGUGCUUUGUUUCACCCCAACAAACUGUCUCCUGCUGGUGCACUACCUGCACUUUACUGAUGGGGAACUUAGGGAAGCAGCUUGA